AUGGCCGCACCAUAUUCUCAUGCACAUGUCGCACAUAUAUCACGAAUGGGACGUCGACGAUCUCAAUCUGUAACAAUACCAAAUACAGGUCCGCAAGACAACAAUAUUCGAGUGCAAAGUCUUGGACGGAAAGAAUUUUUGGCACAAUUACAAAAGGAACGACUGAAACAACAGAUAAAACAUGAUGAACAAGAUGCAAGUCAGGACGAACAACAACAUAAUGAAGAAGAUCAUCAUCAACCAACAGUUAGCCGAUUAGCAAAGUCGAGUAGAACCAUGUCAAUGAGGAAAACGGCAACAUCGUCAGCGGUAACUGUAACUAGAGUGAAGAAAGAACUGUCAUCAACACCAUCGAAAACUAUACAUGUACAAGAAGAUGAGGAAGAUCACCAUCAUCAACCAACAGUAGUAAAUCGAUUAGCAAACUCGAGUAGAACCAUGUCAAUGAGGAAAAUGGCAGCAUCGGCAGGGGUAACUGUAACUAAAGUGAAGAAAGAACAGUCGGCAACAGUACCGAAAACUCCACAUGUACAGGAAGAUGAACCAAAUCAUACACAUCCAGUACAAGUUACUCAUAUACCACUAUCAGAAUCAACAAUAUUGUUUAAAGAACCUAAUUCAACUACAUUAGUACGUAAUGGUUCAAAUGUUGAGUCAUUAAAAACAUCAUCUACUAAUUUAAUACCAAAAUCUAAAUUGUUCGAUCAAGAGUUUUUUCUCAAUGAUGGUAAAGAUCAUGCACGAAGAAAUGAUAUAAAAGAUCAUGGUCAUAUCAGAAUAAGUAAACGAGAAAAAUACUACAACGCUGGUGAUGAAGGACCAUAUACAACAUCUAGUGCAAGUUUUAUGACUGCUAUUAUUGGAAUAAUCAUUGCUGUUAUUGCAUUUGCAUUUGCGCUUACUGCAUUGAUACUUGUUCUACUUCUUCGAUCGACAGUCGAUUCUAGAUUAGGAUUCUUUUCUAUUAUAGCAACGAACUCAACAACAUCGAGUUCGUCAUCAGGAACUUUGCCAUCUGCAUGUUCCAAUUAUACCACUCUCGAUGAUCCAACUCGAAAUAUAGCUGCAGCAGGUUAUGCACUUGGUUGCGAUACAACGUCACCAUUCAUUAAUCGAACAAUGCCAGUUUGGAUAAGAUUUAUAGGUACAGGUGGUAGUACAUUACCUUUAGCAACACCUGGUAUGAAUCUAUGCGGUUCUGAAGGUACUGGUUGGUAUGAUGGUACAAUGCCAUCAUCAACAGGCGAAAUUAUAAAUGGAACUGCAUGUUUUACUUGGUAUAAUAGUGUAUGCCGAUUUUCUUCUAGUAUUAGUGUAGCGAAUUGUGGUUCUUUCUAUAUCUAUAAUUUACCUCCACCGCCAGCCUGUAUGUUACGUUAUUGCACUAUUUAA